AUGCGUAUUAAGUAUGAAGUGAAAAGCAAUUGUUGGCUUAAUGACAUGUAUAACCAACGUAUACAUUGGGCUAAACCCUUCUUGAAGGAUAUUUUCUUUGCUGGUAUGACCACAACCGGACGAAGUGAGAGUAUCAAUUCAUUUUUUGAUGGAUUUGUUAACUCGAGGACCAUGUUAAAUGAAUUCAUUGUACAAUAUGACAAAGCAGUUGAGUCACGAAGGGCUGCUGAAGAAGAUGAAGACUUCAAGACUAUGAACUCGAGACCAAUACUUUCUUUAGUGCAUCCAAUCAAAGCAAAAGCAGGUCAAUUUUAUACUAGAAAGAUGUUUGAUACUUUCAAAAAAGAAUGGACCGAAGCUAUUACCAAUUUGACUCAUGACACCAUAACAAAAACUACAGAAGAAAGCACAUAUAGAGUUGGGCAAUUGGAUGUUGAUAACAAAUAUUGGUGUAUUGUUACCUUUUGUUCUUUAAAUCAAGUCAGUAUCACAUGUUCGUGUUCUAUGUAUGAGACAAAUGAGAUUUUAUGCAAACAUAGCUUAUAUGUGAUGAAGAAGAAGCAUGUUCAAGAACUGCCAAAUCAAUAUAUUUUACCGUGA